AUGUCGUUCAGAGACUCAAUCUCUGACCGCCCUGCCACGAUCAAAGUUGGUCGAGGCCCACAUGCUGGCGUGUUUACUGUGCCAAAAGCUCUGCUUUGCAACUCUUCUACCUACUUCAAAACUGCUUUGAAUAGCCAGUUCAUUGAGGGUCAAACUCAAACCGUCAAUCUGGAGGAUGAAGACCCUGCAAUCUUCCGAACCUAUAUUGCAUGGCUCUACCAAGGACAGCUCAAAUCACAAGAUAUCGAAGGCGCUCUCGACGAUCCACAGAGCUUUGAUCAACAUAUCGCUGAGCUGAUUCUUCAGAACGACGGCAUAUCUAUGCUUCUGAGCUACAUGGACAAGAACGGGCUUGCGACUCUGAAUGCCAUCAAUUGCAUCUACAACUUGCCAAGAUCAAAAGAAAUCAGAGAACUGCGCUGUCUGCUAGCGGAAGAGGAAAUGCGCUACGGUCGGCGACUUGAGAAGAACAUCGAUGGCUGGCAUCCGGAGUACCUGGCACAGAUCGUCAAGGCCUACAAGGCAAUCCACGAGCGUCAGAUUCCUCAAACCAGAAUGCCCGGCAGCGUUCACUUGGAUAGAGCGUAUUUUUGCCAACGUGUCCACAUGCAUGACCACCAAGCACAACCUUGCUCGUCACUGGCCAAGAACACAUACGUACCAGCUCCACCACCGACUCAGGAGCCCCCAAACAAGAAGCAGAGAACCAGGCCAACGUCGUUGUUUGUUCUCGACGACUAG